UGAUUAAUUCACACAACCGCACACCCACAUAAGAGGACAUACUCACACACCACUAGGCUUUUGUUUUGUUGAUUUACAAUGGCCUUCCAUGGCUAUGCUGCAGCACCAACAAUUGCAGCAAUUUUCUGCUUUCUAUACUUCUUCCACAGGAGACUAUGUUGCAGACACCCCCUUUUGACAGACUACCCCAUCCUCGGCAUGCUGCCACAAUUACUCUUCAACCUGUGGCGUGCCCAUGAUUUUUUCACUGAGAUAUUGAAACUGCAUGGACCAACAGGUGAGUUCACUGGACCUUGGUUUACCAACAUGGACUAUUUGGUCACUUGUGACCCCAUCAACGUCCACCACAUGCUGAGCAAGAAUUUCCACAACUACGUCAAGGGACCCGAGUUUCGUCACAUUUUUCAGGCCUUCGGAGACGGGAUUUUCACCGCUGAUUUUGAAGCAUGGAAGUACAACAGGGAUCUCUUCCAUUCUCUCUUUAAACAGAAAAGCUUCGAGGUGUUUUUAGUGAAAACCAUUCACAACAAGGUGCAUAAUGGUCUCCUUCCAAUAUUGGAUCAUGUACAGCAACAGGGAAGAGUUGUGGAUCUUCAAGAUGUCUUCAAUCGCUUCACCUUCGAUAACAUAUGUUCUAUAGUUCUUGGAAAUGACCCUAAUUGUCUUUCCAUUGAUUUUUCUGAAGUUGCAAUUGAGAAGGCUUUUAAUGAAGCAGAAGAGUCCAUAUUCUACAGACAUGUAGUGCCCAGGUGUGUUUGGAAGAUCCAGAGAUGGCUUCAAAUUGGUCAAGAGAAGAAGAUGACAGAAGCUUGUAAAACACUUGAUCAAUUCAUACAUGCACGCAUAGCAUCUAAGAGAGAGGAGCUAAGCAAGUACAACGAAAAUGAAAUGGGUGAAGCUCAUCAUGUUGACUUGUUAACAGCUUUGAUGAGAGAAGGAAAAGCACAUGACGAUAAAUUUCUAAGGGAUGCUGUGUUCAAUCUAUUUGUGGCUGGAAGAGAUACCAUAACUUCAGCUCUCACGUGGUUCUUUUGGCUUGUUGCUACAAACCCCUCAGUUGAAGCCAAGAUUCUCGAAGAGAUGAAAGAGAAGCUUGGGACCAAAGAAAAGUCGCUUGGGGUUUUAAGCGUGGAGGAAGUGAAAAGGCUGGUUUAUCUGCAUGGUGCUAUAUGUGAAGCGUUGCGUCUCUUUCCUCCUAUACCCUUUGAGCGCAAGCAAGCAAUAAGCUCUGACAUGCUUCCUAGUGGUCAUCGUGUUAAUUCCGGUACAAUGAUAUUAUUUUCUUUGUAUGCAAUGGGAAGAUUUGAAGAAACAUGGGGAAAAGAUUGUUUUGAGUUCAAACCAGAGAGGUGGAUCUCAGAGAAAGGAGGUAUUGUUUAUGUACCAUCUUAUAAAUUCAUAGCUUUUAACGCAGGACCUAGGACUUGCUUGGGCAAAGACUCAUCCUUCAUUCAAAUGAAGAUGGUGGCAACUGCUAUUUUGCACAAGUAUCGUGUCCAAGUGGUGGAGGGUUUUGUUGCUACUCCAAGCCUUUCAAUUGUUCUUCUUAUGAAGGAUGGUUUAAAGGUACAGAUAACAAAAAGGGAAUUAUAAUUAAUUUGACCUGAGAAUUUCACUCGAUCUCCAAAAGUACAAAAACAUGCAGAAGAUUAAGUGUCAUUUAUGUCUAUUAAACCUAAAGAUGUAUUUAUUGUUAUUUGUUCGUGUUUCCUUUUCGUAUUAAUUGAUCGGUAUCAUGUAUCUUUCCUUGCCUUCUGUUUGACUGUACCGUGUUAGAUUUUGUAUUAGGGUUAGACUUUAAUUAAGUAAUAUAUUAUGUUAUAUUAUA